GAUUCUUUAGUAGAGGAUAAAGUGGUCUCGAUGCGCUAGAAGCACUGUGCCGCUUCUCGUGCUAUCUUUGCUUGUUAGUUAGCUUAGCUCGCUAGUUAGCUUAGCUUGUUAGCUGCUAACAGAAGACACAGAAGUUAUCAACACAUCGCUAAGUAGAGAUCAAGUGAUUGAUUGAUUGAUACUUUUAUUAGUAGAUUGCACAGUAGAGUACAUAUUCCGUACAAUUGACCACUAAAAGGUAACACCCGAAUACGUUUUUCAACUUGUUUAAGUCGGGGUCCACAUUAAGUGUGAGUGUAAAGUGUUGUGAUUGUGUGAAAAUGUGCCAAAGAACCAUAGGAAAGUAUGAGGACGAAUUCACACAGUACUUUGUAGAAAGUAGCAUUUAAAAUACAAAUAAAUGAAAAUAUAAUUUCAAAUAGGUAAAAGGCUAUGUAUAUUCCGAGUUAUAAGUAGCCACAACCUGUAAUGUAUUUUCUUUUUGAUAGGGACUUCCACAUAUUGGUGGUAAAGCAGGCAAACAAAUCAGAAUUUUUUUUUGGGAGUGAAAUCUGUGUUGAAUGUGAUUUGUACAACUACCUGGUUUUAUAAUGGUCAAUAUAUUUUGAAGUAUCUAGACAGGUACAUGGGUAUGUUAGUGGUAUGGUGUAUCUUCUACACCAGACCAACUGCAAGAAGAUGUACUCUGUCGGCCACCAAGAGCCUCCCCAUGUUAAGGAAAUGGUUGGCGGAAAGGUGAGCCCGAGAUGGACGGUUGAGUAGAAGCCCAAUCAUUUGGUUUUGGGCUGUCUGGAGUUUGUUUUUCGGGGCUUUUAAGGCGUCACGGUACUAAACAUGAACUCCGUAGUCAAAGUGAGAUUAAAUGAGUGCUUGUGUUAGAGUCUUAAAGGGGAACAUUAUCACCAGACCUAUGUAAGCUUCAAUAUAUACCUUGAUGUUGCAGGAAAAAGACCAUAUAUAUUUUUUAACCAAUUUCCAAACUCUAGAUGGGUAAAUGUUGGCGAAUUAAACACCUUUCUAUGUGACGUGUUAACGUGACGUCACAAAGGGAGUCAGUCCGCCAUUUUCUCAAACACAUUACAAACACCAAGUCAAAUCAGCUGUUAUUUUUCGUUUUUUCGACAGUUUUCCGUACCUUGGAGACAUAAUGCCUCGUCGGUGUGUUGUCGGAGGGUGUAACAACACCAACAGGGAGGGAUUCAAGUUGCACCACUGGCCCAAAGAUGCAAAAGUGGCAAGAAAUUGGACGAAAUUUGUUCAAAAUACGAGGGUGUGGGGAAAGCCGACGAAAUGGUCAGUCGUUUGUUCCGCACACUUUACCGACGAAAGCUAUGCUACGACAGAGAUGGCAAGAAUGUUUGGAUAUCCUCCGACACUCAAAGCAGAUGCAUUUCCAACGAUAAAGUCAAAGAAAUCUGCCGCCAGACCCCCAUUGAACGUGCCGAAAUGAGCGAGCUAAACCCCCUGGAUGUCUUGGCUCACACCGCUUCUACCGAAGAUGAUCAAGUGAAGAAUAUGGGCCCUAGUUUCCCUGGCCUGCCGACAUCAACUCCAAAACUGGACGGAUCAGCUUUCAGGAAAAGACAGCGGAUGAGGGUGUUACAGGACAUGUUUUCGAACUCUUAUCAACAUUCGACUGAAGAGGAUGAUUAUCAAACUUUUUCAAGAGCGCAUAUUGGAGUUCAGAUAUACCCUGAUGUGAAGUCUAAAGACGUCCAGCAUCCCCCUCACAUCAUAGAGGUAGAGGAGGAAGUGUGGAUGAGUCAGGAGGGAGAGUGUCCUGUAGGGCAGGAGGAGGCUGAUGUCAGCAAGUUUCCACUGACUGUUGUCUCUGUGAAGACUGAAGAGCAUGAAGACAAACCACCUGAGUCCUCACAGCUUCAUCACAGUCCAAACGUCCAGCAGGUGUCAGCAGAGAGUCAUGAAGAGAUUCCCUCCAAACAGCAGGAGUGGAGCUCCAGUGUGGGACAGACGGAGCUACAGGCCCCCUCCCACAUUAAAGAAGAAGAGGAGGAACUGUGGAAGCAGCUUCAAAUGUUGGUGGAGGAUAAUGAUGAAGAUGAAGCUCAGUCCUUACAGCUUCAUCACUGUCAAAGUGAGGAGAACAGAGGGGUGGAGCUUGUAAGUCAACACAUCACAGAAGCUGAUGGAGAGCAUUGUGAAGAUAUAAAGUCAGAACCAGACAGCAUCUUUGCUCCUCUGUCAGACAUGUACCACAUGAUGUCACACUCUUCUGAUCACAGUGACCACAUCCAACAACCUUUGGAGAGUAAAAAUGACUCUAAAGGUGAUACGAGACAUCACACUAACAACAAACACUUUGACUGCUCUGAAUGUGGGAAAUCAUUUAGACACAAGAGUUAUAUUACAAUACACAUGAGGAUACAUACUGGAGAGAAACCUUUUACUUGCUCUGUUUGUAAGAAGAGUUUCUCCAGAAAGCUUGACAUGACCACACACAUGAGAACACACACUGGAGAGAAACCUUUUACUUGCUCUGUUUGUAAGAAGAGUUUCUCCACAAAGCUUGUCAUGUCCACACACAUGAGAACACAUACUGGAGAGAAACCUGUUACUUGCUCUAUUUGUAAGAAGAGUUUCUCCAGAAAGCAAUACAUGACCAAACACAUGAGAACACACACUGGAGAGAACCCGUUGAGUUGCACUGUGUGUGAUAAAAGGUUCAGGUAUAAGUAUCAGGUCAGUAAACACAAGUGUGUAACAGUCAUGGAAGCUGCAGGGAUUUAAAAACACUUAUAAACAGUGAUUGUGCUAAAUGUACUCUAAUACCACAGCAUGUUUAAAGGGGAACAUUAUUACCAGACCUAUGUAAGCGUCAAUAUAUACCUUGAUGUUGCAGAAGAAAGACCACAUGUUUUUUAACCGAUUUCCGAACUCUAAAAGGGCGAAUUUGGCGAUUUAAACACCUCUCAAUUGUUCGCUGUCGGAGCGAUGACCUUUCACCCGUGACAUCACAAUGGGAAGCAAUCCGCCAUUUCCUCAAACACAUUACACACACAAGUCAAAUCAGCUCUGUUAUUUUCCGUUUUUUCGACUGUUUUCCUUACCUUGGAGACAUCAUGAAUCGUCGGUGGGUUGUCUGAGGGUGUAACAACACGAUCAGGAACGGAUUCAAGUUGGAAUGUGCAUUGAUUAGAACGUCAUGCUAACAUGCUAUUUAGGCUAGCUGUAGGUACAUAUCGCAUCGCUAUGCCUCAUUUACACCUACAUUUGCAUCCAGCCAUUCCCUCCACCCACAUUUAAGGCCAAACAAACACAUACCAAUCGACAGAUUCAAGUUGCACCAUUGUCAAAAGAUGCGAAAGUCCCUUGUUUGUUCUGCACAUUUUACCGCCGAUGCUACGACAGACAUGGCACAGAGAUGCGUGGAUAUCCUGCAACACUCAAAGCAGAUGCAUUUCCAACGAUAAAGUCAACGAAAUCACAACGGUGAGUUUUGUUGAUCUUAUUGACUUAUGUGCUAAUCAGACAUAUUUGUACACGGCAUGACUGCCAGCUAAUCAAUGCUAACAUGCUAUUUAGGCUAGUUGUAUGUACAUUUGUAGCUAUAUUUGCAUCCAGCCUUUCCCUCCACCCACAUUUAAUGCCAAACAAACACUUACCAAUAGACAGAUUUAAGUUGCUCCAGUGGUGAAAAGAUGCAAUCUUUGGUUAGAAGGCGAUCGCCGAAUAGCUUCAAUAGCUAUUUGCUCAAUAGCUUCAGUUUCUUCUUGAAUUUCAUUUUUGCUAUCUGCUUCCACACUCCAACCAUCCGUUUCAAUACAUGUGAUAUCUGUUGAAUCGCUUAAAGGGGAACAUUAUCAUCAAACCUAUGUAAGCGUCAAUAUAUACCUUGAAAAAAAGACCAUAUAUUUUCUUAACCGAUUUUCGAACUCUAAAUGGGUGAACUUUGGCGAAUUAAACGCCUUUCUAUUAUUCUUUGUGAUGUCACAUAGGGAGUCAAGCCGCAAUUUUUUCAAACACAUUGCAAACACUGAGUCAUAUCAGCUCAGUUAUUUUCCGUUUUUUCGACUGUUUUCCGUACCUUGGAGACAUUCUGCCUUGUCGGUGUGUUGUCAGAGGGUGUAACAACACGAUCAGGGACGGAUUCAAGUUGAAUUGCGUGGAGUCUGCAUCGAUUAGCACGGCAUGCUAACCGAUGCUAAAAUGCUAUGUAGGCUAGCUGUAUGUACAUUUGUAGCUAUAUUUGCAUCCAGCCUUUCCCUCCACCCACAUUUAAUGCCAAACAAACACAUACCAAUCGACGGAUUUAAGUUGCUCCAGUGUCAAAAGAUGCGAAAGUCCCUCGUUUGGUCUGCACAUUUUACCGCCGAUGCUACGACAGACAUGGCUCAGAGAUGUAUGGAUAUCUUGCGACACUCAAAGCAGAUGCAUUUCCAACGAUAAAGUCAACGAAAUCACAGAGGUGAGUUUUGUUGAUGUUAUUGACUUAUGUGCUAAUCAGACAUAUUUGGUCGCGGCAUGACUGCCAGUUAAUCGAUGCUAACAUGCUAUUUAGGCUAGCUCUAUGUACAUUUGUAGCUAUAUUUGCAUCCAGCCUUUCCCUCCACCCAUAUUUAAUGCCAAACAAACACUUACCAAUCGACAGAUUUAAGUUGCUCCAGUGGUCAAAAGAUGUACUCUUUGGUUAGAAGGCAAUCGCCGAAUAGCUUCAAUAGCUAUUCACUCAAAAGCUUCAGUUUCUUCUUCAAUUUCGUUUUCGCUAUCUGCCUCCACACUCCAACCCUCCGUUUCAAUACAUGCGUAAUCUGUUGAAUCGCUUAAGCCGCCGAAAUCCGAAUCUGAAUCCGAGCUAAUGUCGCUAUAUCUUGCUGGUCUGUCCGCCAUGUUUGAUUGUAUUGGCAUCACUAUGUGACAUCACAGGAAAAUGGACGGUGGAUUUACAGAUAGCGAAAAUCAGGCACUUUAAAGCCUUUUUUUGGGAUAUUCCAUGAUUGGUAAAAUUUUGAAAAAAACUUCGAAAAAUAAAAUAAGCCACUGGGAACUGAUUGUUAUUGGUUUUAACUCUUCUGAAAUUGUGAUAAUGUCCCCCUUUAAUAUGAAUGUAUAUUUGAUGUUGUAUGUAGUGCUUCUCAUCUUCUACUGUUAUAUGUUAUCCUGGAGUUUUUAAGUUGUGUGCAUGUACUGAAUAUCAUGUAUGUAGCUACUAAUUUAUUUGAUUUUCUCAUUGUUAAAGAGAGGACAUCUUUAUUUUCACUUGGGGGUUUUUUUCACACAUUUUCUUCCUAUGUAUUUUUAUUGAUGUUAUUAUCCAAUUAAAAGUAUGAAUGAAUAAAAUAUUUAACAAAAUGUGGACUCUAGUAGAUUAGCAGCAUUGUUACAUCAUGGAUGUUAACUACAGCAAAACAUCAACAAAGAAGAAAAAGGCUGAAGUUAGCAACACAUCACUGAACUUUAGAGCCAUCGUGAGUGGAGUUGCUUGUUUUUAUUGCUGCAUUUGUACUUAUUUCACCUCAGAUC